AUGCGAGCGGUUAUCAGGGCGACAUCGGGCUCCAUCUCAGCAGAGGACUACCAAGCUUUCUGGGACGCCUCCGAUAGGAUACUGGACUACGAUGAGGAACUGGAGAUCGCUGCUGCACAGGUACAGCAGGAGACGGCAAACCGAAAGCCAGUCGACAGGAAGGUCCUUGGAGAUGCAAAGGUUCAGGAGCCGAUCGCCGAAUUGAAGACGGUGCCACCGAAGGGCAUCCUGGGACCAGCAGACAAACAGUAUUCCAUCCUCCCGAGAGGUCAUCGAGAGCUGGCAGCGGAACAAGCACCGCCACAGCGAGGCCCUUCGCAGGUUGGGCCCAUGGAUGAGGAGAUGGUAGAUAGCUCGUUAGAAAAGUCUUUUGGCAGCCCCAAGGAGAGGAAUUCUCUAGUGUCGAAGAAGGUUCGCUUCAGAGAAGGCAUACCAAGCAACACUGCGCUUCAGGCAAACUCAGCAGGACUGCAUGCCGAGGAGCCGUCGGAGUCUGACAGUGAAGAGGAGCGGUCUGGACUGACUUCUUCCACUGGGCAAAGGCCUCGAGGUCUAUCUUUACUCUGA